AUGAAAAAAAAAAAAAACAAAAAGAGCUGGUAUCCCUGGCUUGAUGCUGUCAAAAUGGGCAAGUUCAUGGAACUGGGGAAAGUGGUACUGGUCCUGGCCAGAUGCUACACCACAUGCAAAGCCAUCACUGUGAAGAACAUUGACAAGAGUGCCUCUGAUCAUCCCUACAGCCAUGCCCUGGGGGCUGGAAUUGACUGCUAUCCCCAAGUGACAGCUGCCAUGAACAAGAAAUCACCAAGAGGAAAGAUUAAGUCCUUCAUGAAGGUUUACAACUACAAUCACCUCAUGCCCACAAGAUACUCUGUGGACAUCCCCUUGGAUAAGACUGGUCAACAGAGGCCUGGCCCUCAAGCAUAUAGCUUGCGGGUGGAAAAAAAGUUCAAGGAGAGAUACAAGAUACGCAGGAACAAGUGGUUCUUCCACAAGCUUCAGUUUUAGAUGCUUUCAGUCGCAUCAUUAAAAAUUUAAAAACAACAAAAACCUGACACCUCUAAAAAACCCUUUGACCUCAAAACCACUACAUUUGGUAAAACAUUUUAUACCAAACAAAACAUCAGUAUAUUCUACAGCCAUGUCCAAGGGGAAGGACAAUGGGGUCUAAAAACUCAAACAUGUCAAGCAGACCCAAGUUCUGGAGUCCAUCCAACACUAAACAUGUUAGCAAAUCCUGCCAGAUUGCUGCCCAGACCAGGGGCAAAAAACUUUUAAUGCAUCUGUCACUGGAGCCACGCCCAUUUCUGGUGCAAUGACAGCUACCCAGAGGCAGCUUGGAAACUAUUUUCUUGGGCUGGGAAUUUAGCUCAGCACCUUAAGUGCCUGCCUGGCAAGCCUGAGGUUGAGUUCAAUCCCUGGUACCAAAAAAAGAAAAAAAAAAAUCUGUUUUCUCUAUAAUUCUUUUAAAUUCUAAUCAUCAGCCUUCCUGUGAUCAUAAAAUGUUUUCCCCUUGUAAACUUGUACUUCUUGCAUCAGACAGGCUUUUGUCACCUCUGCUGUUUCCCUCGAUGUAACUGCUUCCUGUUCAGAUGUUAAUGAAAAAGAAACUGUCUAUGUCUAGUCCUAGUGGCAAUGCCCAAAAUCUCCUUUCAUUUCCGGUAGGUGUCAUCAGCCUACCACACACACCUCUUAGGAGAUGAAAUUUAGCAACCUGAGCUCAGCCUGACAUGCUGCCAAGUGCCUGCCGACCCCGCUGUGUCUGGCUUACACUAGUGGUGAAGGUGGAAGAUGAAAGGUCAUCUUGGUGCCUGUGCUGCUGCUCCCUGGAAGGGUGCUGAUGCUCGAAGUUUCCCUGGGCACUCUACAGUCCUCCCUGGACAACAUAGUUUGAUGCACAUGACUGCAGUUGGUGGAGAGAGAGGGAGGGAUUAAAUUCCAGGAACCUAGGGGGACACAAUUUGAGACAGAUAGGCUUUGUGGUGAGGACAGGAAAUAAGUCCUUAUUUUUGUCCACAUCAUUCUCCAAAAUCUGAUGUAGAUCAGAGAGAUUAAAGGUAAACCAGUAGCUUGUGGUUAAAAUAGGUGGUAGCACAUAAGAUUCUAAUGACAGGAAGCAGGUCUGAUGGCCCCUCUCUGACAGGUUAUGGAUUAUAUCCCUCUCCUAGAAGGGCUAGGAGUGUGGUUCAGGAGGCUGAGGCCCUGUGUUUGACUCACAGCCUCUCAGUGCACCUCCCCCAUAAUAAACUGAAUAUCAUGGAUCAUGCUUUCAAUUAAGUAUGAAGCAAGUUAAGCUUAUUUUCCAUGACACAGGAAAUACAUAAUUACAAUGAUAACAAUCCCACUUCUGAGAAUAAACAGUAUAAAACUCCAGUUACAAAAAAAUACUCAUUUCAUACUAGCAGGUUUGUCUUUUCGGGAGACUCAUUUCCCAUUGUCUGUGACAAGGGUCAGCUAACUCAGGCGGAGAGGCCAGAUCGAGCUACCACUGAUUGCUGGAAAUAAAGUUUUACUGCAGCACAGCUGGGCUCAUUCAUUUAUGCAUUGCCCGGCUGCCUUUGUGCCACACUGAUCGAAUUAAACAUUUGUGGCAGAGACCUUCUAGCUUGUAAAGGCUAAAAUGUAUACAGCACUAACAAAUCUUUACAGAAAAGCUGCUACUACUUCUUUGAUAAUAACAUAAAAGUUAGAAUAAAUCUAAAUUUCCUGAAAGAAGUGAUCCAGUUAUCCUGUCUCCCUGCAGCAAAUGGCACAUGACUCCUCAUGAGAAAAUGUCGCAAAAGCACUGAGCUGUCAAGCUCAGUUGCUCAGUGUAACUGCCUGGGAACUUUCUUCAAAAACCCAACCACAGCCUCCACCAACAUCAACUAAAUGUGAUUCUAGGGUGGACCCAGGUAUCAAUAUUUUUAAAGCUUCCAUAGGGGAUUGUAAGGCAGAGCCACUGUUGUUAGAUCAGUGUUGAAUAACACUGACAGAUGGCUACCAUCCAAUACUACACAGUGAACAAAAGUGGAGUAUCUAAGGGUGUGUGCUCUGUGACUCUUUUUUGGUCAGUUUCUACACACACACACAAGUAUUGUAGAUGGUACCAAUAAAUGCAGAAGCACUGACAGUGGUUACCUCCACUGGGUGAGACUUAGAGCGAUUUAUUUAUCUGUGUUCUGCAGUAAAUACUAUGCCUCAAAACAAGUACAAUAAAUGAUAAAGUAAUCAACAGCUUAAAACCUAGUUUUCGCUUUGGAAAAACUAGAGAAGAGCACUGAGUGAUUAAAGUGUCCCUUGCAUCACUAGGGUGCACAGGCAGCCUACAGAGCAGGACACCGUCUCACACAGCCCCCAGGGCCUGUGAGUAGAGCAGGGGUUGCGGCUUCCAAGCCUCAGGCUGCUGAAGGGAUGCUUCGACCUUUUCAGGCAGGGGCUGAGCACCUGGAAUCCCAGCUACUCAGGGGGCUAGGGCUGAGGCAGGAGGACCAAAAGUUGGAGGCCAGCUAGGGUCACUUAGUAAGACCCUGUCUCAAACAUUAAAAGGGCUGGGAAUAUAGCUUAGUGGCAAAGUGCAUGGGCAGCAUGAGCUAGGCGCUGGGUUCAAUCUCCAGUCCUGAAAAAAUUGCAAACUUAAAAAAGAGAAAAGAAAAAGGAAGAAGGAGCCUGCUCUCUCCCUCUUCACAGACUUAAAGCAAGAAGGAAGUGCCUGGCUCUGCAGCCCAGUGGAUGCUCAGCUAACGUGUCUUCUUUCUCCCUAAGCCACUCAGCAUCAGAGCCUGCGGCCAGGUAGCUUCUAUUCUUGUGAGGGGCAACUGGCUUUGCCCAAGCCAGGCCUGCCCAAGGUCCUCCACAGCCGCUGGUCCAGGAGCUGUGCACUUCCCCUUGGUGUCUCUGCGGCCCCUGAAAUUCUCUCUCCCCUGCUGCCUCUCAUGAUCCUUGCCUGACUCCCAUGCUCACACACUAAGCCCACUCUUCCCUCCCCCACACUGGGGCUAAGGAAAGAAGGGAGGACUUUAGUCUUCCUCAGGGUACUUACUUGGAAUACAAAUGACAAUGGUAGCUGCCAUACGUGGAGAUCCUAUGGCUGGGCCCUGUGCUCUGGAUCUUGGCCUCUGUUCUGCAGGGUCUGUGGUCCUGCUCUCAUUUCCGCAGGAGAGGCUUGUGUUGGCAGAAGGAACUCAUCUGAGGUCACACGGCUGGCAAGUGGUAAACAAGACAUCACCUUGUUGGCUACCUCUGUUCCAUCUGGUAAUUCAGGGGGCAGGUACUCCUCAGGUGACCCCACUAUGCAGCUGUCGUAAAAAGAACAUAGCCUCUGCCUGGAAAUGACCUGCAAAGAUAGUAUCAAUGCUGGGGAUGGAACUGGGCGUGGGAGAGUGGGAAGGGUGAGGAGAAAGGAGGAGGUGAUAGCAGCUAGAAAGGGGCAGGAGGGGUGGUGGGGUUUAGGAAAUGUCCCAUAUCUUGAUCUGGUUCCUGAAUACUUAAGCAUGAUUAUUUCUAUAAAAAUCAUUCAGGUGUACAUUGGUGAUUUGGAUACUUUUCUGUAUGCCAUGCUGUUCUGUUUUUUUUUUUUUUUUUUUUUUUUGAGACAGGGUGUCGCUAUACAAUUCAGGCUGGCUUUGAGUUCACUAUGUAGCCCAGGCUGAUCUUGAAUUGACAGUUAUCCUCCCGCCUCGGCCUCCUAAAUGCUAGGAUUUCAGUGUACACCACCACACCAGGCUAAAAAAAUUUUUUUUUCUUGAGAACAUGUUUUGCGGUAUUACCCAGGCUCAUCUCAAACUCCUGGAUAAGUGAGCUUCCUGCUGCAGUCUCUUAUGGUUUCAAUAUGAAGUAUCCCCAAAGACUCAUGUGGAGAUGCCUUUUCCACAGUGCAGCAGUGUUCAGAGCUAGAGAGGUGACUCAAUCACAAGGGCUCUAACUCCCUCAGUGGAUGAGCACGUUGAUGAGGUCAGAAUGUGCUGACGCUAUUGAGCAGUGGUGGAACAGGAGGCAGGUCCUCACUGAAGGGAGCAGAGCACAGGUCAUGACCUUGAGGACUAUAUCCCUUCAGGCCCACAGCAAAGGACUGAGAGCAAAAGCAAACCUUUCUUCCUUUUGGUUGAUUUCCUCUGGUUUUGGUCACAGAAGUGAAAAGCUGGUAAGACACUAGGAUUGUAGGAAAUGCCACUGCACCAUGCUGUUUUUUCAAAGUGAUAAAAAGGCUGCUGUCCCUGGCAACUUCAGUGCCUCCUGGGAAAAGUCGGUCUUGGCCCUGCCUCAUCAUCCUGAGGAUGCUCUGCCCUGCAUCAAGCAGCUCUUGGCCUCGGAGUGUGCAUUUGUCCCUGGCAACAAUGCAGGCCAUUCUGGCUUUCUUGCUGUAGACACUUUCUCCUAGUUGGUGGCUGACAGGCCGUGCUCAGUCACAGUAUGGGCCACCUGGACCUGUGCAGAUCUAACUGGCCUCUUGCAAUUUUGUCCUCACACAAGAGCCUGGACUUUAGUCAGUGCCUAUAUCCAGCCAGAUGUGGAUCCAUGGAGGGUAAAAUGGGCAAGAGAAGAGAUGGUUAGCAGCAACUCAAGAGUGAUUGGUUUCUGUGAAACCUGGAGGAAAGGCCCCUCCUUAAGGUGCCUCAUCUGGAGAGUAAAUUGCACGAUCUCGGUGGGCUGAUCCCAAGCCAAGGGAAGGAGCACAAUCACACCCUCCCAUGGAGCAUCCGAGAGGGUGACCUGCUCUAGAGGAUGACUGACCUUGCUCUAAUACCUGGGGACAUCAGAUGCACUCCUUGGGCCUGCAUCCCAGUCUACACACUUGUUCAGGAUGCUAUUGAGGGCAGAGAGCUUUUGACAUACUCCUCUGAGUGCGCUUCUCUGAGUGUAAUGAAUGGUGUCACUGGAUUGCUACAUGUCACCUGCUCCUCAAUUCAUGUCACUGGCCUUGAUCCACUUACCCUUUAAAAACUAUCAGUGACAUCUUCAUAUAAUGUAAAUGUUCAAUAUAAUGGGGUGAAGGGGUGGGAAACUCCUUUCUGGAUUACCACGUGGGCUUAGCCUCCUCUUGAAGAGCUACCAGCUUUAUUUCCAGGAGACUAUGCCAAAGGACCUACAUUCUGCUACCAACAUCCACCUUGAACUAAAGAAAAAAGAAAGACAAUUCCCUUAAAGUGACUACUCUAUGAGUAGUAGCUAAGACCAUGGGUUUGUGUCAAGCCUGAAUUUAAAUCCUUUCUGUGCCUCCUUUCAGGUCUAUGACUUUGGGUUAUGAGUUGCUAAACCUCUGUGUAGCUAACUCCACAGGAAUGCAGUGGAGGGAAAAUGAUCCCUGCAUCUGGGACUCAGCAUGCCAUGCCCAACCCGUGGUCUGGCAGGGUCUGGUCAGUGUCAGCAAUGGCUCCAUGGGAGGCUUUCAAUGCAGCAUUGCAUGGAAGCUUCCCUGCGUGGCCUCUGCCCCCAUGAAACUUCUCUUUCCAACCUCCAGUAUAUAAAAAGAUUAGCUCAGUCUGUAAUGCUGCAGCAUUGAUCCUGGAAAUGGCUCUGUUUUAUAAUUGUGGGUUUCGGGCAAAGGUGGUUGGGUUGGAGAGAGGUGGUGCCAGGAUUACAUGCCUGUAAUCCCAGUACUCCAGAGGCUGAGGCAGGAGGAUUGCCAUGAGUUCAAGGCCAGUCAAAACUACAUAAUGAGAUCAUGUCUCAGAACUAAACUGAAACAAAACAAAUCAACCCUUGGGUAACGGACCUGAGCUAUGACUACAGCCUAGACAGGACUUUUUUUUUCAUUUUUGUACCAGAGAUGGAACUCAGGACCUUGUGCUUGCUAGGCAGGUGCUUUUAUUGAUUUUUUUUUUCUUGAAACAGAAUCUCACUAUGUAGUCUAGCCUGGGCUUGAAUUUACUAUGCAGGUCAUGCUGGCCUCAAACUUGCAGUGUUCCUCUGCCUCAGCAUCUUGAGUGAUGAGAUUACAGAUGUAUUCCACUAUACCUAGCUUAAGACAUCUUAAAAAAAUCUGAGAGUACAGUGACAUGGAAUGGUAUUGAGACCAACAUGCUAUGGAAUCAGAACUGAGACCAUGGACCAAAUCGCAGUUCUACUGAGCCCAAAUGGAGUUUUUUUUUUUUAAAUUGGUACCAGGAAUCGAACUCACGACUGCGUGCUUGCAGGGCAGGCGCUUGUUAUGCUGCUGAGCUAAACCCCUAGUCCCACAAAUGGAGUUUUUAUUCUGGGAAUCCUAGAGGAGGGAAUUGUUUUUUUUUUUUUUCUUUCUUUUUAAGAGAAAGAAACAAACAGAAAAGUAAAACAAAAAAUAAGAGACAUACAAACAACAACUAGAACAACAAAAAACCUGUAAUAGUAAAAAUAUAGGCUGUCAAAACAAGAUGAAUUUAACAAUGGCUGUAAAAUUACAUAUUGCAGAGGUCAGAAUCCUAAGCAGGGAAGAACCCCUUGAGGAGCUCCAUUUCCUAUGUGGGCCGCUUCUGCCUUCUAGUGGUCCAUCACAAGCAAGCAUCCCAACUGUGUCAGGCGCUUAUCCUUUCUCCUUUAGACAUAAGCAGCUUCUCCAAACUCCCUCCUGCUGAACACCCAGCAACAUCCUCUCCUCUCUUCAGCCUCAAGAAGUGACAGAAUAUGCAGAUGCCAGCCCCAGGAGGCCAGGAGCUUGGUUUGUUUUCCACAAGAAAGAGGAGGAUGAACUGAAGACAGCAGGAAGUGAUAGAACAAGGGUAGUGUAAAGAUCUGCAUUAUCUUCUGCUCCUUACUACAAAAGACCCUUGACCAUCUGUGAAGGUGAGCUGCUGACCUGAGGCAAAUAAACUUCACAUUAAACCUCUUCUUUCCAUCUCCCUUAGGAAGCAAAUUUACAGUGGCUAACAUUGAAUAAAUCCCUUUUACUUUGUCCUCAAAGAUAUGGCUUCCUUGACCUGGUCAGUGGCUCAGCAAAUGAGCCUGAGCAUAUGAGCCUCAGCAGUGGUAACCAUGUGGUGACCAUGGCAAGACAGGAGAAGGGCAAGUGGGAGUAGGUUUCCCCAUUUCUCAGUUAACCUGCUGCUGGGGUUCUCAACUGUGCCUGACCCACAACUCCUUUCCACGAAGUACAUUUUGUGUAACCACUGCCGUGCAGUGCCAGAACUCACUAUCAAUAAAGCAACUGCUCCCCACUGGGAGACAGACCUGACCUGGACCAAGAGAGUCUUGUUGCAUCUGAGACAAAGAGAGAACACAAGAAUGUUUCUGAGCACCCCAUCCCCCGAAUCAGCUGUUAGUGAGUGACCUGAAAAAAAACACUCUGCCUGGCAGAGGAGUCCUAUGGAGCAGCAGCACAGAUGGGUGGGACUGCCAUUUUAUUUUCAAGGGCUUGGGGCUUGAACUCCAGCAGCAAAGCAGCUCCAAGGUUCCUGAGUGAAAGAGGGAAGGGUCAUCCAGUCACAGUAGACAGCUGGCAGUUGGACAGUAGACUGGGCUGAAGUCUGUGGAGAAGUAGGAGCCGGGACCAUCCAGACUCAGUUCCACUGGAGGCCAAAAGCCAGUCUUAACCCUGGCUGUGACAGGAAGAAACCGUCUGCUCUGUGACCAGUGGCCCAAGCAGGCAGGCAGCUCUGGCCAGCGGAGGGACGUGUGAGUGGCGUGGCCAAGAUCAACCCUGCAUCCCGCAGAAAUCCUACUAUAGACUUGGUGUGGUUGCUCAGUAUAGAUUCCAGCUCCGAUGAGUGAACUAACACAGAACUGGAGCCACCAGGAGAAUUUUGUUUUGAAGGUGGUGGUUUAGGUUUGGACUUUAUUGCUAGGUUUGUUUUCUCUGUCCUGUCUUCGUUCUUUCUCUCCUGUUCCCUUCUCUAGCUCCCAAAGUUUGGGUGGGUCAUCCUUUGUCCUUCAGCCUUGCUUAUAGUAUAUCUCUCUUCAGCUAUUGCUCUGUCAGGACCCUUGUCCCUCUAAAGUUCCCUUCCCCACAGGGUAAAAUCACUCUUUCAUGGGGAAACUCACUGUGUACAAGUCCCUGGUUUGUGUUGGAUGUAGUUAUUUAACUGUAGAUCUUGCUCCCAGGGUUAGACACCGAAUUAGCAGUUACCACAGACUGUUGAUUUCUAGGCUGUGCUUGAUGAUGUUACUGCUAAUUGUACUACUUUAGCCAGGAUGCCAUAUUCAUUGUAAUCAGUGGUUCACACUUGUAUGAUGAUUGCGAUGUUUUAAAAUUUAUUAUUAUUAUUUUUUUAGUACUAGAAACUGAACUCACAGCCUCUUGCUUCCCAGCCAGGUACUUAUACCACUGAGCUAAAUCCCCAGCAUGAUGAUUGUGAUUAUUUGGUGUCAUAAUCAUUUCCACAGUCCAGAACUAAAGGACUGGGGUAUAAGCCAUACAGAUGGUAACUCAUGAUCCCUGAUAAAGUGGGAAGGUAGGACCUUGGGACAGACACAAAGACCAACAGCCAGCUAUACCUAGAAGGCAUCUCAGAGGAAUAGAUGUUUCCUAGACAAUCCCCAAUACCAGCAAUAAAGCUAUCUAACAGAAGAAAAUUACAAAUUAAAAUUUAAAAAAUAGAAAAUGACAAGACACAGAGGCAAAAUGCAAUCCCAGCCUUCCAGCCCACCCAGGACAAAUCCAGGGGACAGUGAGACAGAAGAAAACAGGUCAUUCACCUGAAUCUUCUGUAGGUUGUUUCCAAGAUCUGGCUAUUAUAAACUGUUGCUAUAAAUAUGGGUAAACACAUGGAAAUGAAAUAUCAACCUACUGAAUGAUAAUGACAAUAUACAUACCAAACUUGUGGGACACAAUGAAGUCUUAAGAGGGAAAUUUAUAGUAGUAAGUACCCAUGUCAGGAAAACAGACCAAGCACAUAUUAACAACUUUAUGUUGAACCUCAAACUUCUAGAAAAAGAAGAACAGGUUAAACCAAAAGCUCAUAAGGAAAUUAUGAAGAUCAUAGCACAAAUUAACACACUGGAGGCUAAAAAGCAAUACAAAGAAUCAAUGAAUCAAAGAUUUGGUUCUUUGAAAGAUUAAAUAAAAUUGACAAACUAUUAGCCAAUCUUAUCAGAAAAAGGAAAGAAAAGAAACAACAAGGGUGAAAUCACAACAGACCCUGUAGAAAUCCAGAAAAUCAUCUUGACCUACUUUGCAAACUUGUAUUCUAAUAAAUGGAAAAUUCAGAAGAAAUGGACAGAUUCCUAAUACAUAUUGUCAUGGUUUAUGUCUAUGGCCCCCAGGCCUCAUGAGUUUGCAUUGUUUAUGUGUGAUGGCUCAUUGUAAAGUGCUUGGAUUGAUGGUGUCAGUGCUCCACCCACAUAGGGGUGGAGCCAGGAUGUGAUGUAAUGGCAGGAAGAAGGUGUGUCUUGCUCUUUGCCGGUUCCUGUUUGCUGUUUACAGCCACCAUGAACUGCAUGCGGCCCAGCCAUGCAGCCUGCCUAGGAGCCAAUUGAAUGUAGACUGCAACCUCCAAAAACUAAGAAAUAAACCUUUCCUUUCCCAGCUUUGGGCUUCAGGUAUUUUGUCUCAGCGACGAGUAAAAAGUAACUAAGACACAUAUGAAUUACCAAAGCUGAAUUAAGAAGUUAUAAAAAUCAUAAGUAACACAAUAUCGAUAAAUGAAACAGAAGAUGUAUGUGCUGGGGAUUCAGCUCAGUGGCAUAAGUGCCUGCCCUGGAAGCACUCAGUCAUGAGCUUGACCCCUGGUACCAAAAAAAAAAAAAAAAAGAAAGAAAGAAAGAAAGAAAUUGAAGAUGUAAUUAAAAAUCUAUCAACAAAGAAAAGCCAAGGACCUGAAGGAUUCACUACUGAAUUAUACAUGAAAUUUAGUGAAGACCUAACAGAACUACUUCUGAAACUCUUUAAUGAAACUGAACUGGUUGUUUGGUUUCGAUUUGUGUGUGUGUGUGAGUGUGUGCGAGCGCCAGGGAUGCAACUCAUGACCUCGCACUUGCCAGGCAGGUGCAUAUGCCAUGGAGCUAAAUAUCAAGUCCACUCUUUCACGAAAUUGAAAAGGAGGCAACACUUCCAAAUACAUUCUUGGAAGCAAGCAUUAUCCUGAUACCAAAACCAGACAAGGGCCCAACUAAGAAACAGAAUUGCAGGCCAAUCUCUCUAAUGAACAUUGAGGCAAAAAUUCUCAAUGAAAUACUGGCGAACAGACUGCAGCAAAUUAUCAAAAAGACUGUACACCAUGAUCAAGUAGGAUUCGUCCCAAGUAUGCAGAGAUGGUUCAACACAUGUAAAUCUAUAAAUGUAAUAUACCAUGUUAAUAGAGCCAAGGACGUGCCUGCCUUGCCAGCAGGCAGUCAUGAGUUCAAUCCCUGGUACCGAUAAAAAGGAAAAAGGAAAAAAAAAAAAAAAAAAAAAAAGAGCCAAGGACAAAGACCAUAUGAUCAUCUUAAUAGAUGCAGAGAAAGCUUUUGACAAAGUCCAGCACCCAUGCAUGAUAAAACCCUCUAUAAAAUCAGAAUAGAUGGUCUUUAUCUCAAUCUGAUUAAAGCCAUCUAUGACAAACCAACAGCCAACAUCAUACUACAUGGAAAAAGCUUAAAUCUGUCUCUCUAAAAUUAGGAAGAAGACAAGAAUGUCCAGUGUCUCCACUCUUAUUCAACAUAGUGCUGGAAACAUUAGCCAGAUCAAUUAGAAAAGAGAAAGAAAAGGAAUAAAGACAGGAAAGGAAGAAGUUAAGCUAUUGUUAUUUGCAGAUGACAUGAUAGUCUAAUUUGCUGAAAUGAUAUUUUAGGGAAGGGGACUUCCGGGAGAACAUGGUGGACAGACAACAGCAACUACCGGAGGCUCUCUGAAAGGCUCGGCUCAGAGGCCAGGAAUGAUGCAGACUAAGGAGACAUGAACCGGUAGAGAUAUGCUCUGCUGACUCAGGAAUGAACUGGGCUGAGAGAAACCAACUUAGAAUACAGUCCUGGCGCUAAAAUAGGAACAGAAAAGACUCGGUGUGGAGGCUCGACCCCGCGCCAUUGGAAACCGCGAUUUGGGUUUCCCGCCGCCCGGCGGCUGGCUGCCUCCACAGCGGCUCGGCAAGGAGAGACGCGCAGAAGCUCUGGGAACAGGAAUCUGUGAACGGAGUCGAAAACAGGACGGACAAGGAGGCGUACACGAAAACUGACUGGUGGCGAGGUGAGUGAGAGAAACUGACCCCCUACCACAGUUUGACUCCAGCGGAGGACUUUCUGGGCUCGGGCAGCCCUGUAAGAGCAGGGCGCGGUGGCGACUCCAGCCACACAUUCCCCUCUCAGACUGGAUUGGUGAAAAGCGCCUGGCCUGCGUGACGCUGCGGGCAGACUCAGUAGGCUGGCCUAACCCAGAUCCCAGAGCCUGACGGUAGCCCGGAGGAGCGAGUGACUCCCGCGUAGGCUGCCUCCUCCGCAACUCCCUGGUGCGCAGCGGUGGGCGGGAACACCUAGCCAGCGCAAUUUGAUCAGGCUGUGGCUGACAGGCAGGGAAGCCGGGCCUCCUAUGUAAGCUUGCAUUUUAUAAGGAACAGAAAAUAUGGGGAAGGGAAGCAACAAGAAAGGCUCCUCGGCCCCCAAUUCUGAGAAACAGGCAAUAGUGGACACCGCACCAAUAUACAUUAAGCGCCAUAUAGAGAGCCUCAUAGACCAAUUCAGGAAUGAAGUUAUCAACGACCUGAAGCUAGAAGUAUGCAGAAUAGUUAGAGAAAUGCUAAGCACCACCCAGGAAAAAACAGAUGGUGGAAUGGAAGAACAGAAAAAGAGGGGAGAAUUGCUUGAUGGAGAAAACAGAGAAAGCAUUGAGUAUGUGAAGCAGGUUCAAAGGGACUAUCAAGAAAUUAAGAAGUCUAUCCAAGACUGGCAUAACAGCUUGAAAGAAACUAAGGACAGACUAUCUGAACUGGAGGGCAGACUUGUAAUAUGGGAGAAUGAAAUGAAAAACUUCUUAAAAAUAACAAAGAAACAAACAGCAAUAAUACAAGGACAAGAAGAUGAUAAGAGGAGCCAUAACUUAAGGAUUAAGAACAUAAAAGAAGAAGUAGGGACACAAACAAGUGAACUACAAAAGCUACUCACAGAAAUAAUCCAGGAGAAUUUUCCUAAUUUAGCAAAAGGUAAAGAUACUCAGAUGUAUGAGGCAUACAGGACCCCAGCUACCUACAACCCUAACAGAGAAACACCCAGGCAUAUAAUAAUAAAAAUUCCAGAAAUUCAAUACAAGAACAGAAUAUUAAAAGCUGUCAGAGACAAGAAACAGACCACUUACAAGGGAACACCCAUCAGAAUUACAGCAGAUUUCUCUGCACAAACCAUCAAAUCAUGAAGAGCGUGGGGGGAAAUAAUUCAAGCUUUGAAAGAUAAUAAUCUCCAGCCAAGAUUGAGAUAUCCUGCACAACUGUCCCUGGAAAUUGAUGGAAAAACGAGGUGCUUCCAGGAUAAAGAGGAACUGGGGGAAUUUGCAACCACCAAUUCAACUCUACAGAAAGUAUUGCAGGAUAUUCUAAAAAAAGAAAAAUACAAAGAACCCAGAAAUAGUGGCGGGGAGGCCACAACGAAUGGAGCAGAGAACAAAAUGAAGAAGACAAACUGACAGCUACUGACAGAAAAAGAGCUCAACAGAAAUGAGGCAGAGAAGAUUGGAUGAUAGGAACAGCUAUUUUGGAGAAAAUGACAUCUUAAUAGGUAAUACUGAUUUAGUACUAUCUUGUUUUGAAGUCUCAUCUAGCUUUUGUUCUUCUGUCUCCAAUGGUCUAAACAGGUUGUAUCUUAUUGAAUUUUAUUAUGUACGAUAGUAUAAGCAAAAACCUUUUAAAGACAAGGAGAAUAUACAGAAACCAUUGUUCAUUUUCUGUUAAGUCAAUUCUAAAUACUCUAUAAUGCUGUCAUUCUCUUAAAUGGUUUUACAUUGUUUUGAUAUACUUAAUGCUACAGUAUAUGAAGUUGUACUCAAGGACUUCAAGGAAACAGUCUAUAUGGUAACUACUUUUGGGUCGGAAUUAUCUGGUGGUGAAAUACUAUUCUGCUUAAAUGGUUAUGUUUUGAUCUGUGCUGUUUCGCUGUUAUGCCCUCUUUUUUCUCAAUCUCCAUUAUUUACUUUUUUAUUUUUAUCCAUUUAAUUAAAGGGAAAAAAAUAGCAGGAUAUAAUAUAGUAACCCACUUUGACUUUCUAUUAUCUCGAUUUGAAGCCUUGUAUUAUUCUCACCAUCUUGUUUUUGACUGAGGUUCCUCUAUUCUGUUUUGCUGGAUAGUAUCAGGUUCGAAAGUUUAGGCGUCAGCUGAGAAGAUAAUGAGAUUCAUUAUAACGCCCAUUCUCGUUGACUUUUAUCUACUUUUGAAGACCUACAAUGUCUCCAAUGUUUUGGUUUUGUCGGUUUUGUUCUUUACUGUUUUGUUCAAUUGUAUUACAACUAAUGAUAUAGGCAAUUCUAUUAGAGAUAGCGGGAGGCAUUAUGGUAACCAUUGUUGAUCACCUUGUAUUAUGUUUUUAUAUUAUCUAUUAUGUCCACCCUUUUGACUUGACCGAUUCUGUUCUGUUAUGUCACAUUUGGUUUUACUCUCUUCCAAAAAAGCAAUACGAACCGUGGGAGCAAUGAAACCCAAAA